GGAGAAACAGAUCCGAUGGACAAAGAUAAAGAGAUGGAGACGGUGGCCACUGCUAAAGUCCGACGCAUGGACUCUUUCAUCAACUUGGAAGCUGGACGUGUUACCAUGAGUGAAACACAUGGCUCUAAGGUUAGCUGGAAGACAACGUUAAGUUUGGCAUUUCAAAGCGUAGGGAUUGUUUAUGGUGAUAUCGGCACAUCUCCGCUUUAUGUGUAUUCGAGCAUUUUUACCAGUGGAAUAAAAAACAACGAUGAUAUUCUUGGCGUCUUAUCCCUCAUCAUCUAUACCAUUCUGCUGGCGAACGACAACGGCAAUGGUGGAGCAUUUGCAUUGUAUUCGCUGAUAUGCAGACACGUAGACGUGAGUUUGAUUCCAAAUCAACAACCAGAAGACAGAAAACUUUCUAACUACAAGCUGGAACUACCGUCUAGUCAGCUCAAACAAUCCCAAACACUGAAGCAGAUGCUUGAGAACAGUCAGUUUGCUCGUUUUCUUCUUUUGCUUGCAACCAUUCUGGGAACUUCCAUGGUCAUAGGAGACGGCUUUCUUACUCCCUCAAUGUCAGUCCUUUCUGCCGUAAGUGGGAUCAGUAAAUCACUCGGUCAAGAUGCUACUGUGGGAAUCGCUAUAGGAAUCUUAAUUAUUUUAUUUUCUUUGCAAAGAUUCGGUACAGAUAAAAUGGGAUUCUCAUUUGUACCAAUUAUUUUAGUGUGGUUUUUACUCAUAGCGGGAAUUGGUAUCUAUAAUUUGUUCAAAUAUGAUAUCAGAGUGUUGCGUGCUUUCAAUCCAAAAUAUAUAGUUGAUUACUUCAAACGCAACGGUAAGCAAGGAUGGCUAUCACUUGGUGGAGUCUUUCUAUGCAUAACAGGAUCUGAAGCCAUGUUUGCAGACUUGGGUCACUUUAAUGUACGAGCAAUUCAAAUCAGCUUCACUUUGAUUACAUGUCCUGCAAUAUUGUGUGCAUAUACUGGGCAAGCUGCAUUUCUUCGAAAGUUUCCUGAAAAAGUGGGUAAUACUUUCUAUGAAAGUCUACCAAAUCCCAUAUACUGGCCAACAUUUGUGGUGGCUGUUGGUGCUGCUAUCAUAGCAAGCCAAGCAAUGAUUUCAGGAGCAUUUUCCAUCAUAUCGCAGGCCCUGAGUCUAGGUUGUUUCCCACGAGUUAAGGUUGUGCAUACUUCCACUAAGCACGAGGGUCAGGUGUAUAUUCCUGAGAUCAACUACAUGUUCAUGAUUGGAAGCAUUAUUAUGUGUGUUGCCUUCAAAACCACAGAAAAGAUAAGUCAAGCAUACGGGAUUGCAGUUAUUGGGGAUAUGCUUAUCACAACGUGGCUGGUUUCAUUAAUAAUGGUAGUUAUAUGGAAGAAGAGCAUAUGGCAAGCUACUAUCUUCUUAUUGGUAUUCGGCUGCAUAGAGGCUAUUUAUUUCUCAUCUCAGAUAACAAAGUUCAUGGAGGGAGGCUAUAUUCCAAUUGUGUCUUCUUUGUUUUUGACGAUGAUCAUGGGAAUCUGGCAUUACGUGCAUAAAGAGAGGUACAUGUUCGAGCUUAGAAAUAAAGUUCGCAGUGAAUACAUAGGAGAAUUGGCCAUGGAUAGGGACAUAAGAAGAGUUCCCGGGGUAGGGCUGCUCUAUUCUGAGCUUGUGCAGGGGAUUCCUCCGAUAUUCCCCCAUCUCAUAGCCUGUAUGUCAUCCAUCCAUUCAGUCAUUGUCUUUGUUUCCAUCAAGGUCAUCCCUAUCAGCCGAGUUUCUUUAGAGGAGAGGUUUCUAUUUUGCCAUUUGGAGCCCAGAGAAUACCGAAUGUUCCGUUGCGUGGUUAGAUGCGGUUAUAAAGAUAAACUCGAGGAUGCUCUUGUAUUUGAAUCACAGUUAAUACAAAAUCUCAAAGCCUUCAUUCACCUAGAUGAACCUGAGGUCAACUUUAUCGACAUGGCAAUGCAAAGAGGUGUGAUGUAUAUGCUUGGCGAAGCAGAGGUGGUGGCUCUACCAAAUUCAUCGUUCCUCAAUAAGAUAGUUGUCAACUAUGCUUAUACUUUCUUAAGAAAGAACUUCCGCCAAGGAAACCAAUUGAUGGCCAUCCCGCGUAAGAGACUUCUCAAGAUUGGAAUGACAUAUGAAAUAUAACUCAUCAUCAAAUGCUGAUGCAAAUUCAUAAUUUUCAGCCAAU